AAAACAAAAAAAUUCGACGUAAAUAAAAACAAGUCGUAAAUUGAUGACAUUGGCAUACGAUCAACGAUUUUGUUGUUUUGUUUUUUUUUCGUUGACAAACGUAGAAAAUGCUUUAAUCGAUUCAAAUAGUAUGUCAAAUUCAUACAAAUAAAAGUAAUGAUAAUCAUUAACUAUCGAACUGUGUUUUAAUUCUAAAUUAAAAAUGUUUAACGAAGAUUUCGAUGAUGAUUAUGUCGAUUUUGAUUUCGACCGAUCGUCUUCGGAUGAUCUUCAUCAUCAUCAACAACAACAGCAUAAUAUUGUUCAGAUUCGUCAUCAAGAUAAUCAAAUUGGUUUAAUUAUGCGCGCUAUCGUUAAUCGUGAAUACGGCUUACAUUAUGAAUCAAAUGGACUGCAAAACCAAAAAAUGUCGAUUUAUAAUCCGAUUAGAUUCAAGCGUCAAAUUCGUGAUUCGCUUUACUUGAUAAAAAGUAUGUCACAUACAUACGAAAUGUUCGAACACAUUGAACCGAUCUAUUCUGUGGAUUUUAAUUAUAAUGGUCAAUACAUUUGUUCAAGUGGUAAUGAUUGCAAAGUUGCCAUUUGGAAUUGGUCGGAUAGUAAUCUGGAUUAUGUCUAUGAUUCUGGACAUCUGAGUGGUGGUGUUCGUUGUUGUCGAUGGUCACCGGAUGAUGAUUCUAUUAUUACUUGUGGCGAAGAUGGAUUCGUUCGUUGUGCUUUAAUCGAUCGAUCAUUAGUCACUCAAUCGCGUGUAACCUGUUAUCAUGAUUCCAUUGUCAAUGAAUUCGUCCACUGUGAUCCUUGUGUUAUUUUAUCUGCUGGCCAAGAUGGUCGAAUAUUUCAAUCGGAUCUUCGGCAACAAUCAGCGAUUGAAUUGUUGAACAUACGUCGAAAGAAAGAUGGUGCGUUUCGUUUACGUACAAUCGAUUGUAAUCGUCAGAUUCGACCACAUUUAUUUGCUGUUGCUGGUCAUGGUUCAUCAGUUCUCGUCUAUGAUCGUCGAUUUAUUAACAAUUCUGAUCGAAAUCAUCUUCCUUAUUGUACAUAUUAUCUUUCAUUUUUGGCAUUAAACGAAGAGGAUCGUAGUCGUUUUUCUGUUCCAUGUGUUCGAUUCAGUCCGAAUGGUGAUCGAUUACUUUGUUCGGCAAGUACUGGCGAAGUGGUCAUUGCUGAUAUAUCGAAUGUUCCAUCACGACGAUCUGUAUUGGUCGGACAAGGUGUGAAAUUAUUUUCCGAACCCACAUUCAAAUGUUGUUGGUUCGGUAAUCGAUUAGCAUUUAGCACUUCAAAUGAUGGUUUCCUUUAUGCAUGGGAUAUCUGUGAUGGCUCAAUGAUUUUCUUCAAAAUCGGCGAUGAAGUAGGCAAUAUAAAUGCACUGAGUUCACAUCCAAUCGAUCCAAUAUUGGCUACAGCCGGUUCGAAUUGUUCAGUAAAAGUUUGGUCACCAACAUUUGAUGAUGAUGAAAUGGAUUAUGAUAUCGAAUUAAUACGUGAAAAAAUAAUUGGUAAUUUCCGUGCCCGUUUCAUAUCGAACACAUACCAUAAAACCUUAAAAGAUGUUGAAGAAAUUAGCUAUAUAAUGUCUAUACGUAAUUUAUUCGACGAUUCUUCUGGUGCAUUCUGGCGAUCUCAUCACGAACAUGGUGAUGACGUUAACGAUGAUAUGGAUCCGGAAGAAGUUUCCAAUGACAAUAACAAUGAACCAUUGGAUAACCUUUAUGCUGAUCUUUAUGAAUUUUUUGUUGUUAAUGCUCAUCAUUUUCCAUAAUGCAUAUGAAAAAUGAAUUUUGUUUGAUAUGUUAC